AUGAAGCACAACGUUAAAUCCUUCUUGGCAUCAGCCAUCCCUGCCAUUAUUGCGGUAAUACUUGCCACACACGUCGAGCUGAUCACCUUCCUUCGUCUUGAUCAAGAAAAUGAUGAGGUCAUGGGUGUUGGACACUUCUCCCUAAAGAAACGUAUGCAUGACCGAUCAAUAACCGACGCAGAAGUAUGGCAGUAUGAGGCAAAAAUGAGAAACCCAAUGCACAACGAUGCGAACUCCGCAAAUCUUAUGAAUCACCUGAAGUCUUCACCUAAAGCUGAGGAACUUCGCAUCUUUCGAGAUUCCAAGCGUCGCUUGUAUGAAGAGCUUGCUGCAUCUAGUACACAUGAUCAAUCUGAUGUCAAGUCGAAGUCCACAAUGGAUGACUCAAAGGUGCAGGUGCCAGAGGAUGUCAAGAACGCUGUACAACUUGAAUCAUGGCGAACCAGUACAAAAUUAACCAAAGACAAUAUCAACAAAAUCAUUGAAGAUGUGAAGUUAGAACGCAAUGGAGCCCUCAGUAUUGCAGCAAAAUAUGCCGACGCAGUUAAAAAAGGAAAUUAUGCUGUCAUCCUUGAUAAUGAGGGUGACGAUUUGGCGUAUCUUUGGAUGACUUUGGAAGAUGGACAUAUCCCAAAGGUCAUCAUCACCUAUGGUGGUUAUCCCGACCUUCGCUUCCAGGCCGUCCAAGAAUUUGUCACGGCUAUUUGCGAGAAACUUGAAAUUGCCCCCGAUGAGCGUCCAAAGGUCUAUAGAGGCUUCGCCAAUCCAUAUCCGCCUGGAAAGCAAAGAGCUGCCUAUGAUGAGGUCGAAGGAUUGGGUUACAUUGAAAAGUCUUAUCGUCAAGAAUUAAUUGAGAAAUCCAAAGUGCUUGAAAAUGAGCUGAAAGAAGAUGAAAAUUGGAUGGAUCAUCCCGAGUUCGCAGAGGGUAUCACGGCUCUAGGAAAGCUUAUUGACGAUUCGGAAUAUACUGCAAUUUCUGUGCUCACUUGCCCAGCGGCUGUUGCCCACGUGAUUAACCAAAAGGCAGCUAGAGCAAAGAAGAUAGGGGUCACGAUGUCAAGUCCAUGGGCCUACUCAAAUGGUGAACAUGGUGUACGCUACGAAUCAACCUUCAAUUCAAAUAGACAAAUCACUGCGAUGAACAAAUUGUUGCAAACCCAAGUUGACUUUUUAGGUGUGGGUGGAGGGACUGCCAAGACAAAAGGAAUGCGAACUAUUCAUGAUGCCAAACAUGGCAAUGGCGCAGGAGGAAGUAAAAUAUACGCAGAAAAAGGGUUACAAAAUCUAGAAAAAGUCGUGUCCACCAGCUCAGAUACCAGAUUCCUCAAGAUAAUGGCUCAUGCUGGGGAAAAUGUCGCAAAUUCAAAAUGGAAAGACUGGGAUUUGGAUUUUAGACAGCUAUGGGCUUAUCUUAACAUUCAAGAGCCUGAACAUCGUGGUGCAGCUACUCUUAGAUACCUACUUAGGUAUCUUGGCAGCGCUGUGGCAGACACCCCGCACUCUUCCAAUUCUCCCAGAGCUCUCACAUGGAGUGGCGAUAAGAUGAUGUCUUUAUUCAAAUUAUGGGUAGUAUGGAAAAACCCUGUUGAGUGGCAAGCUCCCUCAGCUGACCUGCAUGCGGUAAUAACAACAAGCAAAGACUAUAUCAAGGGGAUCACAGGUGCUGCACGUUAUACAACAGGGGAGAUUCCGAGCCAAAGGGGCCCGGAACUUGUGAGCUUUGUCAAACCCAAUGCCCGGGAGAAAAAUGUUCACUAUUCUAUCAGUGACAUGAAUUUUUACUUGGUCAUCAACAGAUUUCAAGAGAUUGUGAAUAAGUAUGCAGCUUAA